AUGGAAUCACCCAAUAUUCAACAAUUCUCUCUAUUACUCCUCCUCACAAUCUUCUUCCCCAUUUCAUUAGCCGUCUGCCUUCCCAAAAACCCUAGUUCUUUCCCUCCAUUCGCCGCCGCCCCUUCACUGUUUACUUCUCCGGCUUAUGCCCCAAAUGAAGAUUCUUCAUUCCCCCCAGAUUACUCACCUUUGUCCUCACCGGCGUAUCCCCCUGUCGUCGACGAUUUUCCCUUCAACGAUUACUCAUCUUUACCCUCACCGGCGUAUGCCCCUUCACCUUCAGAAUUAGAUUAUUCAUUACCCCCCGAUUACUCACCUUCAUCCUCACCGGCGUAUGCUCCUAAUUCCCCAAAUUACUCACCUUUAUCCUCUCCUGCGUACGCCCCUGAAAUUAUCCCCGAUUUCUUAUUCAGCCCUGAUUUCGCUCCAUCUGUAAACGGAAUCGACGUUAAUCCUGACCUCGAGAAGAUUUGUAACUACACGGAUUAUUACGAAAUCUGCGUCCAAUUAAUCUCUCCUCUGUUAAACGGAAAAACGGACGUAAUCUCCGUAUUCAAGUUGGCGGUAAAGGUGGCGGCGGAUGGUACAAAACAGGCGAUCGCGUCCGCAGAUAAGCUAGCCUUAGAUAAGGGAAAUUCAGCACAAUUGUCGUCCAUCAUUGGGGAUUGCAAAGACAGUUAUACAGACUCGCUUGAGAACUACGAUGAGACAUUGUCGGCUCUGUCUGGAAAGGAUGUCGGAACGAUGAGCAGCAUGCUUAGCGCUUCCAUAACGGAUUUCAGCGAUUGCGAUGAUUUUCUAACGGGUUAUAAAUCUCCAUUGUUGGAUUAUAACAGUAAGCUAGUCAAGUUGACUAGUAAUUGUCUCGCCAUAGCAUCGUUGAUUAAAUAA